AAAAAAUGGCACAAAAACUGGGUAUACAUGUAAUAACUCCAGACACAGCUAACUGGACUUGUAAGAUACAAGUUGUAGAUAUAUGUGGACCAGGGGAAAGUAAUGUAAAAAAGAUAAAAUAUCUGAACAUGAUUGUUCAAGAUGAGCAGGAAGAUCAAACAAAAGCAAUUGUUUAUGGAGAUGACAUCCCCAUUUAUCAGAGUCUGAUGAAACUUUAUCAUACCUACUGGAUAACGGGUGCACGCAUACAACUACCAAAUCUGAAAUAUGAAAGUCCAUUGCAUGCAUUUGAAUGGGUUCUCGAUAAAAAGACCAUCAUUGAUCCAAUUGAAAAGAAUGCUGAAGAUGCGUUACCACCUCCUACAAAGCUUAAUGUUACCUCCUUCUUAGAUAUUAAGGAUCAGGCCUUCCGAGAUAUCAAUAAUACUCUGACUAAAAAAGAAUUCAACAUACUUGCAAUUAUUGUCAACUGUUCCCCACCAAGAUAUGUUGCGAGUGUCAAGAAAAGAUUGCAAGAGCUCAUUGUUAUUGAUACCCUUAACCAAAGCUUCAAGUUCACAAUAUGGGAAGAACCACUUAUAGAAAAUGAAGGUAACAAACUCCUGAGGCAAUUCCAAGAAUAUCCUAUAAUUCUUGCAAGACGUAUUGGGGCAUCCAAAUUUGAAGGUGAGCUAUAAUAAACAACACUUCCUAUAUUUUUUAAUAUUUCAACUACCAAUAGUUGAUUCUUGAUUUAAUAUGAAUUUUUAGCAAUUAUUUUUCCUCACUUUUUAAAAUUUUCCAUAUCUAUUGAUUACAUUUAACCUUCAACUUUUGGUUAAUCGAAUGUAUCUCUCUCAUUCAUCUUCCUUGAAGUUUAUUGGAGUAUGCAUAUGUGGUCAUUUUGUGACUUGCUGCAAUUUCUAUUUGGCUACAUAGAUUUGGUGAUUUUAUAUAGAAUAGCAUUUAUAUUUAAACCUUCGAAUUUAAGCACUUCUUAAAAUUAUGUUAUGCUUAGCUAUUAAGUCUUUUUUGUGAUUUACAACUAAUUACGAUGGGCUGUCACCUUAUAAAGCUAAUUAUGACAUCAAGAUGUAAUAUACAUUGAGGCUAUUAACUCUGUUGCUUCUAUUUGA